GCGACUAAAAACAUCAGUCAAUACAUCGGCAGACGUGAGGUGUGACGAUUCGAAUCCUGCCGACUGUAGUAUUUGAAGCGUAGUCGUACGCAAAAGUGCAAAGCAAAGACUCUCAGCCAUGGGCGUUUGGCAGCGAUUGAAAGGUGAGAAUGACCUGCUAUGGCUGGACAAAGUUGUCUGCACAAGCCACUGCCUGGUAAUUUCUUGCCUGGCGGACAAUUUGGCACAGUUGAAACUGCUUUUUCUGUCCAGCAUGUCAAAUUCAGACUUUGUUGGUGUUGAACCUGUCGACCCUGCCAGAUUCCAAAGCUCCCAUAACGCUGAUGCCUUGUGCAAAUCGGAUGAUCCCUUGCAUCCUGCCAACCUUAUUCCCGAGCUUUGCAGGCUGUUCUAUACUUCAGGCUGGGUCACGGGAACAGGUGGUGGUAUUAGCAUAAAGAAAGAUGAACAUGUUUAUAUUGCUCCUUCUGGAGUGCAAAAGGAGAGAAUGAAGCCUGAGGAUCUUUUCGUUAUGACUUUGGCCGAUAGACAAGUGCUUCGCAAACCACAAGUAUUCAAACCAUCAGCAUGCACUCCCUUAUUCUACAAUGCAUACACUAUGCGUGAAGCUGGAGCUUGUAUUCACACUCAUUCUCAAAAUGCCGUUAUGGCUACUUUACUGUAUCCCGGCGAGACGUUUGAGAUUUCUCACCAAGAGAUGAUCAAAGGUAUCAGACGUGGUUCUACCAAAACCAAUCUUCGGUACUUUGAUAAACUGGUCGUACCCAUUGUUGAGAACACUCCUGAGGAAGAAGAUCUUACUGAAAGAAUGGCACUGGCUAUGGAGAAGUAUCCAGACACGUGCGCAGUCUUGGUUAGACGACACGGUGUUUACGUUUGGGGCGAAUCAUGGGAAAAGGCAAAGACUAUGUGCGAAUGCUAUGACUACCUGUUUGAAAUAGCUGUUAAGAUGAAGAGCAUUGGCAUUGAUCCAGCCGUUAAGCCAGAAUCAGAGCCUGACUACGAAUAGUUCAUUCUUCACUACACCCUGGUUACGGUUUAUUUUAAUUAUAUUUUAUUAACAUGAUAUGAAUGUCUCUUAUGACGAUGAUCGAAACACGUUUCCUAAGCCAUGCUCUUUGAUGUAUUCUCCACCAUACUCUUCAUAUUC